GACCAGUAGCAAACAGAUCACAAGAAGCACCAAAUGGUAGCGAGAGAGUCACUUCAUGAUAUCCUACUGAAGUCUACAUUGACAGAGAACGUUGACUGAUAGAGCAGUAACAGCAUCUAAAGAAACUCUUCACACUCGCACCAGGACUGCACAGUAGGGCAACUUCAGUUAAUCUCUACAAGGAAACCAGCUCUACUUCUUUAACUGAAAAUGCCUCUAAAGCUUACUACUGUGAUCCUUGUGUGUGUUGGUAGUUUGUUCUUGUGUGCGAGCGCUCAAAGCCUAUCGAGAGACUACGGGGUCAAACUGUGCGGAAGAGAGUUUAUAAGAGCCGUUAUCUUCACGUGCGGCGGGUCCCGUUGGAAACGGUCCUUAGAUGAAGACUUGGAUCCCUUCCAGCCCGGUUCCUACAGUGAUGUCACAGAGGGCGAGAACAACAGAAUUAACUGGCCUCACGGACAUGGUCUGGAUCAAGCAGCAGCAGCAGCAGACCACCCUCUCCAGCUCUCCUCCUCCACCUCCCUGGCAGACCUCCUCUCACUCUUGGGCGGAGUGGGGGACCAUAGGGGGUCAAUGGUUGAUGUCGACCCCAGCGAGGGGCUUCAGAACCAGGCUUCAGUGCUGGGAGGAGUGGCCAGGAACCCAAGCAUCAACUGGCCACGCCGCGAAAGACAAAAGAGGAACUUUUCCCUGGGCUUAGCUGGCAUGUGCUGCAACCAGGGCUGCACUAAGAAUGACAUUGGGCGUCUGUGCUGAGUGAGACUGGGGCAGGACAGAGGAGGUGGACACAGGCUGAGGGAGCUUGCCCUUUACAGAACGGAGAACGUUGCUCAAAUUCUCCUUUCUAUACAGGGCGAGGAGAGCUCCACCUUCUCUCUGUGUUGUUGGACUGGGUGUGAGGGAGACAGCAGUUUUACGUUUUCAUUUCAGUGUUCCAAGAGAAUCACGAUCAUAAGGUUUGGGUUGUUGAUGGGGGAAAUUUCAACACAGGCUAGCAAAUGGCUUUGUACACUUUUCUGUAUAAUGUGAAAGGAAAAUAUUUUGCAUUUAAUUUUCAUUAUUUCUCAAAUUUUGUCUCAUCAUUAAAUGAAUUACUUCGUUACUGAAGCAAGAGCAUCAUUGUACUUCCCUGAGGAAUACAAUUGUUUGAAUGACAUGAAAAAAAUUUCCCCCCUAACAACCCACCACAAAUACUCCAUUAAAACACUGAGAAAAUAUGUUGUGUAUGUAAAUGUUAAACUAAUCAAAUAUCAAUAUAAAGUAUCUUUUGGAAAUCGAAUCUUGUCCAAGUCAAAAUGUCUCAUCCACUCAAUGGAAAAUCUACAAAUGUGCUAGCUAUAUAAUGAUAUUGCAUGGAAAGAACA